AUGAACAACCCAGCUGUAUCCAACUUGCUCAUCUCCCUCGGUGCCAUGCAAGUGGCCCGAAGGAUCCCAAUGGAUGAUCCUCAAACUGUCAACUACCUUCGUAUCGGAUACGUGGCAAGUCAAGCUAUCUCGUUGGCCAUCUACUACUACAUUACCCUCAAGAUCAGAAAGAGAAAUGAUCUAACGGUCUUGAAAUACGUCAACCCAGCUCCUCCUAUGAAUCCCGAUGCUAAACCCGAGCUGGUCCAAACUACCGUCAAAGAUUAUGAUCUCGCUGAAGUUGGUAAAGCCAUCAAGAGUUUGUUUGUGUCCCUUGCAUUCAUGGCUUUCCUCCACGGAUACCUUAAAUACACUCAACCACUCUUCAUCCAAGGUCUUAUGGGACUCAAAUCAACUCUCGAAUCCAACCCUGCUAAAUUACAUCUGUGGGGUAAGAAGGCCGAAGGUGAUUUGGCGAGACCUUUCAAAGCCGGUGGUGGAUUAUUGGAAUCUUUGACUGGUAAAGCAUCUGGACCCCAGACUGACGCUGCUUCCAUCAAGGCAGCAGAGAAGGCUGGAGGAAAAUCUGAAUAA